UGCUGGGCUGUGUUCACUUGUUUCUCUGCCAACGCUUGGCAAAGCCAAGUCCUCAUUGGAGACCCCAUGAGAAGGUUGCAAACCAAGCUGCUGAAAUCCUCUUGAAUGUCCCUCUUAACACUGGGAAAGCUCUCCCCCCCAACCCCCCCACUGCACCCCCACCCACCCACACUUAGGGCAACGUUGAGCUCUCCAGCUUGGCCUCUGUGUGCAGAGGCCGUCCAUUCAGAGUGUGGAAGAGCAGCUGGGGGGAACCCCCCCAAGCAUAUUUGAGUUUCUUACUUGCAUUAAUGCUCUGACUGGGCCCAAACCGUCUGGGUAUCUAUAGUUGUAGCUGCUGCUGGUUUAGAGGCGUCUCACUCGUACCCUGGCAUGGCUUUUCCCAGUCUCUGGGGUACUCGCUGUGCAGUUAGACCCUUCCAUAACAAGGGUUGAACUUUUCUGUCUUUCCUCAUGAAGGAGGUUAAAACAUCAACAGCAGCUCUUGGGUUUUUCUCUCAAUAAAAUUAAAGGAGUCAGGCAAAUUCUGCACCACCCCUUGGCACUCCCCCUGUGCAGCUCUGCCUGUGGAACUCCUGACUUACAGCACACUCUGCUGACCUUGUCUAUCUGCAUAAAUCGUUACCCUGGUGACAGGCCUUCUGCAUCAGGGCAGGAGCCCCUACGUAGUGCGGCCCUUCUCUAGGAGUUAGCUGCCCUAGAAGUGACAGGAUCCCAGGAGCCCCACAGGCUCUGGCUGGCUCUUUGUUGUUCUUCGAGUGCUCACAGACAUUCCCGUGUGCAUGCCCAGUGCACCAAAGCCGGGGCGAUUCGCCUAGCCGUACCCGCAGGGGUAGUGUUCGCGCCCCUUGACUCCUAGCCUCUCCCCUGGUUGUAUAAGGGCAGCGUUGCCCUGACCCUACUCAGUUCCUUCUCAUCACCCACAGCUAGAGUCAGAGCGCUGGGGGCACUGCCCUUUUAUCUCUCAGUUGUUGAGAACUUCGUGUUCAUAGUUAGUUGUUUAGUAGUUAGUACCUUAGGUGGGUGGGUUAGUUAGUUAGCUGUAGUUUCCUGGUGGAAUGUCUUCACUGGGAUUUAAACAUUGCCCAUCACAUGAGGGACUAUUCCAAAUAGUGAGCCCCACACGCGGUGUUUAUUGUGCCUGGGAGAGGGACACGGUAAGGACAGGUGCUCCAUCUGUAAGUCCUUCAGGACAAGGAUGCAGUUAGCAAGGCAUUUGAGAUGCAGGCAAGCCAUGAGGUCUACAUCAGCACUGGAGAUGGUACCAGCUCCUCAGCUGUCGUCUGAGCCUCAUUGCACUGAUGUUCUGCGGCAGAACUCGGAGGCAGCCUCUAGGAGGGCUCCACCGAGGAAAAGGACCUAUAAAUUGGAACACAGCCUCUCCACCUGUUUGUCGAAGUGGAAGCAGUUUUCGAUUUGGGGGACCUCAGGGGGAAUUCAUCCUAUGUCAGUUUGGAUUCAGAAUGGUCUGGACUAUUCGUUGCAGUUGAAAUCUUCGGGCCCGGCUCUUAGCUCUUCGAAAGUUCAUUUGGCUGCGAUUUCAGCUUUCUACCCUCCUCUUUGGGGAAAGUCGCUAUUUUCAGAGCCUAUGGUAGGGAGGUUUCUGAAAGGCAUUGUCCAUCGUUUUCCACCAGCCAUUGUGGGACCUUAAUACAGUGCUCGUGCCACUGAUGAGUCUGUUUGAGUCAAUAGCAACGUGUUCAUUGGCUCUCCGCUCCCAGGAUAUGGCCUUCCUGGUUGCUAGACUAGUCAGGAAAGCCUUCAUGGCGGCAGAUCCCCCAUAUACCCACUUCUUCAAAGGCAAGGUAGCUUCAAGACCACAGCCAAAACUUCCGUCAAAAGUGAUCUCUUCGUUUCACCUUAAUGAGGUUAUUAACUUACCUGUAUUUUUUUCCCAAACCACACUUGGGCGUAGAAGAAUGACGCCUUCAGACCUUAGAUGUGGGAAAAGUACUAACCCCUUUCAUUCAUCACCUCGCCUCUUUGUAUCUUACACUGAGCUGAGCGGAUGAAAGGACCAUCGGUCUCCACUAAGUAGAUAAGGACGUGAAUUACUGCAGCUUCUGGAGCAGCUCAGAUUACGCCCCCAAAGUCCUUACAGGCUCAUUCGACAAGCGCUCAAGCAACAUCAACAGCGUUUCUUACAGCUGUUUCCCCCAGUGGAUGGCUGCAGGGCUGCGUCUGGCCCUCAGUGCACACCUUUGCUAGCCGCUGCGCUGUCACCAUGGCUUCUAGGGCUGACGCACACUUUUGGGAGGCAGUUCUGCCGUCUCUGUGUCGAUCGACUCCGAGCCCCGGGAAGACACGUCUGCAACCUCUCGAAGAAGAAAAGACUGUUACUCACCUGUGUUGGAGCCGUUCUUCGAGACGUGGCUGCAGACACGUAUUCCAGGCCCCACCUUGCAUCAGAGGCUCCAGCCUGGGGUUUGGUGCAAAGGACCUAAGGGGUCACGGCCGCUCUGCCCUUCUAGAGCCCGGGGAGGGGCUGUGAGGAAAAGGGCGUGAGCGCUGCCCAGGCAUGCUGCUAGGCGGAUUUCUCCGGCUUUGGUGCGGGGCGGGCACACUCCUGAGGGAAGACGUGCCUGCAGCCACAGCUCGAAGAACAGCAGUUACCAGACAGCCCUGCUAGGUCUGCCGGCCCGUGCUGCCCAGUGGCCCAGUGGGACGGGUCCUGCCGAGGAAUGGAGCCCAUGGGCCAGGACUGGGCAUUUACCACCCACGGCUGCUGGAGGGAGCCGGCCCCCGCACUGUGAUGGCGACCGUGCCUCCGCCCGACCUGAAGUUCAAGCUUAUCCUGCUGGGGGACUUUGGGGUGGGGAAGACCACCCUGUUCCACCGCAUCCGGGUGGGGCGCUUCCUGCAGGGGGCCCACGCCCCCAACGAGCACUUGGCCAUCUGCAAGAGGACCGUGCAGCUCAGCCACCCUCCGAUCCCCGGCCUGGCGCAGAUCUCCCUGUGGGACACGGCCGGUGAAGAAAGGUUCCUCUCCCUGAGCAGCUGCUACUACCGGGACACGGACGCCGUGCUACUGCUGUACAGCGCCCAGAGCCAGCUCUCCUUCGACAGCCUCCCGCACUGGGUCUACGUGGCCCGGCAGUACUGCCCGGAUGCCCCCAUCUUCCUGCUAGGGAACAAGACUGACCUGGAGCCGCGCCUGCCGGAGGACAAGGCUGAGAAGUUUUCCGUGGAGCACAGAAUAGCCGGCAGGUUUAACGUGUCGGCCAAGACAGGAGAGAACGUGGACAGGUGCGUGCAGGACGUGGUGCAGCUGCUCGUCCUCAAGAGUGACGCUGGGCGCAGCAGGCUCACCGUGUCGCUGCAGGAGGCCGACUCCUCCAGCCCCUGUGCAUGCUGAGAGCCCUGGGGAUGCCUGGCAAACCCGCUCUGUGCUUCAGGAGCCUGCUGGGGUCCCAGCCUGAGCCCCGAAAGCCACUGUGCCACCACCAGCCACUGCUCCUGCCGGGCAUGGAGCCACCCCUGGAGAGCCCCUCCUGCCCUGUUACCAGAACGUGCUGCCGGAUACUCCCUGCCGUGGGUGGGGAAGCACCUUGUGCCAUCCGGGCACCUUUGUUCUCUGGAAAGGGAGGCCGGACCCCAGGGCCUGGGCUGAGCCCCACGUCUCUCCCCGCGUCUGCGGUUUGUCCUCUCGCUGCUCACCAGCCUGUAGGGGAGGAGAGCGCCCCGCAGGGCCAGCAUGUGGGCUGCCCCUGGUCGCGGGGAGACCCACGCACACACACUAGGUCCAGCAGGAAGCCGGGUCAGUGGUUAUGGGGGCUGUUCUGCCCUCUGGGCCGGCAGCGAAUGAAUGCCCCCACCCGGUGCUGGAGGGCAGUCUGGGUCCUGUUUGAGAGAGGGUGUGAAAAGCAGCCCCGGCUCCCUAGCGCUCGUUGCAAAUCCCAUUGUUCUCCGUGCAGGAUGGAGGGGUAUGUGACGCUCUGUACCUCGGGGGAACACCCAGCACUCCCAUGUUCAUCCUUGUAAAAUGAUUGCGUGGUAUCCAAUGCAAAGUUUGUCGUGUCGGGUGUCUUUGGAAGGCUUAUGAUGCACUGAG